AUGGCUAUGUUGGGCAAGGAGUCAAUCAAGAGUCCUAUAGCGUUUGAUGACUAUGAUUACGGUGUGGCAACCUUGAGCAAUGGUCUGAGAGUAUUGUUGGUGUCAAGCGCGGAUCGUGUGGACAAGGCGGCGUGUGCCAUCGGUGUAGGUGUGGGUCAGAUGAGUGAUCCACGGGAGUUGGAGGGUUUGGCCCACUUUUGUGAACACAUGCUGUUCAUGGGUACAGCAAAAUAUCCGGACGAGCAAGAGUAUCAGGAGUAUGUGCAGAAGAACGGUGGGAUGACGAAUGCAUUUACUACGGACACAUCGACGGUGUACUAUGCCACAGUGAAACCAGACGCGUUAGAUGGUUUGGUAGACAGGACGUCCGAGUUUUUUGUAUCACCUGCGUUUAACCAAGAUGCUGUGGACCGAGAAGUAGAGGCGGUGAAUUCAGAGCAUGAAAAAGACUUGCAGAAUGAUACGCGUCGGAAAUAUCAGUUGCUUAAGCAUUUAUGCAAUCAAGAGCACCCGUUUACGAAGUUUAGCACGGGGAAUAACCGUACCUUACGUAGGUUAGAGUUCUAUAAGAACGACAAUGCCAAGGCAUUAUCCGCAUUAAGACAAUCUUUAGUCCAAUUUCAUAGCGAGCAUUACUCAGCAAAUAACAUGGCUGCUGUGAUCUUGGGGAGGGAGCCUCUUCAAAUACUGAAAGAGAUGGCUGAGAAGUAUAUGAGUCGAAUACCGAAUCACGAUUACCCAAUAAUAAGAGGAAGCGCUGUCGGCAAGCCGCACUUGAUCUUUAGCAAAGAAUAUGUAAAUCGUUUGGUCGAUGUUCUCCCCGUUAAAGAAGGCGACCGGAAACUGGAGUUUAUCUUUGCCAUGCCAGAUCAAAGAGACCAUUACAAGUCAAAGCCUGCCAGUUUCAUAUCUCAUAUUUUAGGUCAUGAGGGUGAGGGUAGCAUUCUUGAUAUACUGAAGUCUAAACAUAUUUGUACAGCCUUGUUUGCAGGAUGUCUAACAGAGAAUACUGGUCAGUCUGUAUUUGAGGUAUCUUUGGAUAUGGCAUCGGAUGAAGUGUUUAGCGACGAGAAUAUUAUUUACAUUGGCAAAUUAAUCUUUGGAGUGCUUAGAAGACUAAAAUAUGAAGCUAGUCGUAAUCCUAUUGGCUUUACAGAAUUGAUCAAGGACGAACAAAAGGUCAAUUAUAUAAGGUGGAAAUAUCGUCCUAUGUUUGAUGUCCAUGAGCUGGUGAAAGAAGGUGUGUCAAAUUUGUUGGCAUGUGAACCAAAAGAAGUACUGGAGGCAGCUUAUAUUAAUACUGAAGUAAAUCCCGGCUUAAUUAACAAUCAUAUUGACUUGCUUCUUGACCAAGCAAAAGACGCGAUAGUAUGGCGAACCGGUAUGAAAUUUGGUGUUCGAUGCAAUGAGGAGGAGAGAAUUUAUAAAACAAAAUAUCAUGUAGAAGCCCUGCCUGAAGAAUGGUCUCGUGAAUGGAAUGGGAUAGCCAAGUCCACAAAAGAUGAUGAUGUAGAUAUAUGGUUGAAAAAUGAAGGCAUUAAACAAGUUGAGAAGAACAAGUUUGUCCCGGAAUCAUUUGAACUAAAAGCACCCACCACCGACAUUGCCGCUCUCCCUGUAUAUAUCAAUCCUACCGGUGGCAGUGCCUUUUCAGCUAAUGAUCCUAUACAGAUAUGGUUCAAACAAGAAACUUCAUUCAGACUACCACAAUUCCUAUUUAGUGGUAGAAUACAUUUACCCUUGUUCAAACCAACCCUCGCGGAUCUCCUUUGGAUGAAAGAAAAUGAUGUAACAAGGGCGAAGGUGAAGCAGGAGUGGGAGAAGAAAGACAAUUUCAGAGAUCUCAUUUGGCCAGCACGUGUGGCAUUAUACCUUGUUUAUCAAAAGGCUGUUAUGGAAUCAGUGAACGACAAACUAUAUGAUGCCAGACUUGCUGGUGUUAUAUACAAUACAGCUAUCAUUAGCGGUACUGGACAAGGUAGUAGUGGCCUGCAAUUUGAAGUUGGUGGAUUUGAUGAUAAGGGUGAAAAAGUUAUGGAGACGUUCAUAAAUAGUUUCACAGAAUUUAAUGCAAAUGAAACACAUUUAAAGACCGUCCUGGCGGAAUUAGUACGCAGUUUCACCAAUAAGACUAAGGCAACUGAUCCUUACGUGCAUGUACUAACCAAGGCAAGUGAUUCAAUGAGUUACAUAACAUGGGAUGAUAGAGAUAUGCUGGAAUCGUUAUCAGUAAUUACAGUUGAUGUUGCCCUGAAGUAUCUCAGAAAGGGUAAAAAGUUGAAUCCUGAGCUGUUUGAUGGUGCAACUGUACUAGGGGCUAUCGUUGGCAAUGUUACUGAUGAUGAAGUUAGGAAGUGUUAUGCUAAUCCUAACGCGUGGUCCAAGUUGAUACAGAAUCCCGGCAAAUAUGAUCUUAAUGGUAAGGAAAGAUUGUUAUAUGAUGAAAUUGAUUUUGAUAAAUUGCGAAAGGAAGAUACUAUGAAGCAACUACAGAGGGGUACCAUGGUACAUCGUGAGAUUGAUGAUUCGAAAGGCGCCACAAAAGGUGCUGACGAUUCGAAUUCUGCGAUCGAUGUUAUUGUGAUUAAAACGCCUACGUUGAAUAGUGCCAACCCCAAUGGUGCAGUAGUUCUAACUAUUCAAGCCUUUGAUAGUGAAUAUCAAACAUACGCUUUCAACAACGUAAUGUCAAUUUGGUUAUCCGACCUGUUCUUCGAUGAUUUAAGAACAAAGCAGACGUUGGGCUACGUCGUUGGAAUGCCUAACAGGGAAGUUGGACGGCGCCUUAUGCGUUGCUUGCUUGCUCAAAGUACACGCUCAACUGAAUAUGUUCUGUCUCGUAUGCUCAACUUCAUCCAAGAGAAAUGUUUGGAGUGCAAUGGAAAUACCUCAUUCAGCAUCAAACCUGCGGGGCUGAGCGAAGAAUCAUUUACUCAGUGCACGCAAGCAGUGAUUAGCCAGCUGCGAGAAAAACCUAAGGAGUUAUACACGGUGUACGAAAGAAUGAGUAAUGAGAUCCUGACUUUGAGAAAUGAUUUUAGCCGAAGGGAAAAGCAGAUAAAGUUCCUAGAAUCAUAUAAAUUCGCUCAAUUUAAGCAAGAUCUAGUCAGAGCUCUUACUCAUGGUAAAUGGAUAGCCCUAUUGGCAUUCACUGAAAAUACUGAAACAUCAGAAAUUCAGUUGGACAAUCUCACACCUUAUCAAUGGUGUAACAUAUACUCUGUCAAACAUGUGAAAGACAUAAUUUACUCUACUGUUUAA